CCAAAGAGAUGUAUCUGUGCCAUCGACAAUCUCAUGUGAAUUGCGCUCGAAGUUGUUGUUAGUCUUCUAGUGACAUGGAUGCUUUUCAGCGGAUACGAUUUCUAUAUUCAAUUCUCAGUUUAACACCUGCAAGACAGAGCCAUGUGAGUUCUUAUUCUUCUACAUGUCCCACUCUUGUAUCAAAAGCCCACGGGUUUCUAUCAACCAAAUUAAGGGAAUUGGUUGUAUAUAUAUGCCAUUGUUUUCAUAUCCAAAUCAAAACAACUUCUUCAUCUAACCAGAUAAGCUAAAACGAGAAGUCCAAAGCUAGCUAAAUAUUUUUUCCAAGAUCCAUCAGCAGAACAAAAAAAAGAAAAAGAAUGGGCGUGUUCCGAGGUCUUAUGGGUGCAAAGAAGAUCUUUCAAGGCCGAUCAAUGGCAGCUUCAACACCAAAAGGGUUUCUUGCAGUGUAUGUUGGGGAAAGCCAGAUGAAAAGAUACAUAGUGCCGGUCUCAUACUUGAACCAGCCUUCAUUUCAAGCUUUGUUGAGCAAAUCGGAACAAGAGUUUGGGUUUGAUCAUCCAAUGGGCGGCUUGACCAUCCCUUGUCCUGAAGAAACUUUUAUCACUGUCACUUCUCAGCUUCAUUAGAUUUGGUUCACAAAAAUCACAUGUAUAAUUUAACAUUUUUUUUAGGUCAUUAGAUGUAGAAGAUAUUUAGAACCCAAUGUAAUCCUACUAUAUUAAUUGAGAAGUACAAAUAUGAAACUAA